UUCUGUGUGCUAUGAAGCAGACAAGCACUCGGUGUCAGCUUGAUCAGCUGCACUGUGUAGCUUAAUACUUUAAAAAUAUUAAAAAUAGAAUUUAAAAAUAUUAAAAAUUUAAGUUUUGAGCCUACUGUACCAAUAGACCAUUUCUGGAAUACUUGGAGCUUUGCUUGGGUGAGACCUUGGGGGUGAAAAAAAAAAGUAAAAUCAAUGAGCUGUUUCCAUCAUGGAAGCAAUCGGCAAGUUCGACUUCACCGCCACGGCCGAUGAUGAGCUGAGCUUCAAGAAAGGAGAUGCAAUUAAGAUUUUGGGCACUAAGGAUAACUGGUACAGAGCCGAACGACACUGUCUGCAAGGCUUCGUUCCAAAAAAUUACAUUAUCCUCGACAUCCCCAGCUGGUAUCAGGAGGACAUGAGUCGUCGGGCAUCUGAGAGCACUCUCAUGCCUCAGCCGAUAGGAUCGUUUAUCAUCCGUGGCAGCCAGAGCUCUCCGGGAAACUUCUCUAUUUCUGUCAGGCAUGAGGCGGACGUCCAGCACUUUAAGGUGCUCCAGGACAACAAAGGGCAGUAUUUUCUGUGGGAUGAAAAAUUCAGAUCUCUGAAUGAACUGGUGAGGUACUACACAGUCAAUUCUGUCUCCAAGCAGAGCUCGAUACGCCUCCUUUCAGAACAGCGGAGUCAAAACACAGCUCCAGAUCCCAGACCGGUCCCCCAGGAGAGAAGAAAUAAGGUAUCAGGGUUUCAGAACAGACCCCUACCUUGUCCUACAGAGACACUUCCGCCGCCACAGGAGGCUAGAUAUCAGAGCGUGCCAUCAGGGCCACUAGGUCCACCAAAGUGUCCUGCAAACAUGUUUCCACCUCCACAGGAGGCUAGAUAUCAGAGCGUGCCAUCAGGGCCACUGGGUCCACCAAAGUGUCCUGCAAACAUGUUUCCACCUCCACAGGCGUCACUGUUAAAGGUUAAGGCUCUGUAUGACUUCAUAGCUGAGGAGCAGGAUGAACUUAACUUCAGUGCUGGCGACAUUAUAGAAGUCGUGGACCAAACAGAAUCCUUCUGGUGGGUGGGACGAGUACGAGGAAGGACAGGACUCUUCCCCACCAACUACAUCACUCCUUUAUGAGUUCAUACAGCGCAAAGCAUAUGUGUGCUCAUUUCAUAUUUGUGUUUAUUUAUCACUUUAUUGGGGUUUCAUUUUUUUUUAUUGGCCAGUUAUUCUGAUGUACAUAAACACACCGAUACAAUCUCGAGUAUACAAUAAUUGGAGUUUAUUUUACCCGGAAUUCAGAGAUUUUGUUUCAGUUGUCUUUCUUUCCAAAUAAACACUUGCAUCAUUUCA